CGGAGAGUGUUUUAAUUUUGUUUUGUAAAAGACGAAGAGCAUACCUGUUCAAAAAUCAGUCGAAGUAGCUUCCAUUUUUUUCAGCGUUUUUGUGUGCAGCCUGCCAAUAAAUCUACAGAGCUCACUCCGCGAGCGGUUUGUGCUUUUGGACGUUUUACUUCUGCUACUCUCACCAUGGAGUACACCUCUUCCCCGAAGCCACAGCUCUCCUCCAGGGCAAACGCGUUCUCGAUAGCCGCUAUCAUGUCAAGUGGAAAAACGAAGGACAGGGAAACCGAUGAAAACACCAUCAAGCCACUUGAACAAUUCGUGGAGAAGUCCUCCUGUAACCAAGGUUUGGGAGAGCUGUCUUCUCUAGAUGGGCUCGGAGAUUUCAGCGGGAGCGCGCCUCCUGUGUGCACAGAGCCGCUGAUCCCCACCACUCCCAGUGUUCCCAGCGAGGAGAUGGCCAAAAUCUCCUGCAGUUUAGAGACCAAAGAACUCUGGGACAAAUUCCAUGAUCUCGGCACCGAGAUGAUCAUCACAAAAUCCGGAAGAAGAAUGUUCCCCACCAUCCGUGUGUCCUUCUCCGGGGUGGACCCGGACGCCAAAUACAUCGUGCUGAUGGACAUUGUUCCGGUCGACAACAAACGCUACCGCUACGCCUACCACAGGUCGUCCUGGCUCGUGGCGGGCAAGGCGGACCCUCCUCUGCCUGCAAGGUUAUACGUACACCCUGACUCUCCUUUCACUGGGGAACAGCUGCUCAAACAAAUGGUGUCUUUCGAGAAAGUAAAGCUCACCAACAACGAACUGGACCAACAUGGACACAUCAUACUAAACUCCAUGCAUAAGUACCAGCCCCGGGUCCACAUCAUCAAGAAGAAGGACCACACCGCCUCCCUUCUCAACCUCAAGUCAGAGGAGUUCCGCACCUUCGUUUUCACAGAGACUGUCUUUACCGCGGUCACAGCCUACCAGAACCAGCUGAUAACCAAGCUGAAGAUCGACAGCAACCCGUGCAAAGGCUUCCGAGACUCCUCCCGACUGACGGACAUGGAGAGGGAAAGUGUUGAGAGUUUGAUCCACAAGCACUCGUACGCACGGUCACCAAUACGCACCUACGCAGGUGAGGAGGAGACACUGGGGGAUGACAGCCAUGCCGCACACAGGGGUUCUGCGUUCACCGCCUCUGACAACCUCUCCCUGAGCUCCUGGGUCACCGCCACCUCUGGUUUCCCAGGCUUCCAGCACCCCCAGUCCCUCUCUGCCAUGGGCUCCAGCAGCGCCUCCCUGGCCACCCCCUUACCCCACCCCAUCCAGGGCUCCCUGCCCCCCUACAGCCGGCUGGGCAUGCCCCUGACACACUCGACCCUGGCGGGCACCAUGCAGGGCGGCGGGCCCUCCUUCCCCUCCUUCCAUAUGCCCCGCUACCACCACUACUUCCAGCAGGGCCCCUACGCUGCCAUCCAGGGACUGCGCCACUCCUCCACCGUCAUGACCCCCUUUGUAUGACUCCCUCUGGGGUGACUGCCUGGCCGAGUAGCCCCUCAUCAGCUACAACUAAGCUUAUAGACACACUUCCACACACAAGUAGAUAGACUCACCGAUUUGUCCGCCUCAGCAUCCUCACCCAUGGUCACCACCGUGUCCUUGUAAAUAAUAAGCCCCCUGGCCGAGGCAACUGACUG